CUUUCUUUUACUUGCUUGAUUUAUACGUCAUUCACGUAAAUAGCAUUCAAUGGAAGUUAUGUAUUAUGUCAUCCAAAAACAGUAGAUCUCACCUGUCAAAAAAAAAAUACAGUAGAUCUCUCAUUCUCUCUUAAAAGUACCUUCAUAAUUCCUUCCUUUUCCUUCACAAAUCAACACACAAUAAUGUCAACAACAACAAAAACAAAGAGCUGUAAAACAACAAUCCUCUAUCUUUUCCUUCUCCUCUUCUUCCUCUAUGUUUCUCUCUCCUCCUCCUCACACUCCCCUUCAUCCACUGCAUGCAAGUCCACCCCUUACCCAAAACUCUGCCGUUGGAUGCUCUCCGCUUUCAAAAAAUCCUCAUCAUCAUCACCAUCCAAAUUCUCCAUCAAACAGUGUCUUAAGCAUGCUUCGAAACUCUCUAAACUUAUCAACCACCAUCUUACCACCCACUCCCCCCCCCCCCCGCCGACAGGGCGGUUGCUGAUUGUGCGCAGCUCUUUGAGCUCAAUGUGGACUACCUGAAGAGUAUCAUGCAUGAGUUGAGACGACGACGACGAGUUGUCGAGAAGACGUCGUCGUCCGCUGAGUUGGUGGGACGAGUUGAGGCUUUGUUGAGUGGGGUGGUGACUAAUCAACAGACUUGUUAUGAUGGGAUCAAGGAGAAUGGGGGUUGGGAUGGUGCUUUGUUAAGUACAUUGCAUGCUCCUGUUGUUAAUGGGAGUGGAUUGUAUAGUGCUUCUCUUGGGAUUGUUAUCCAGACGCUUACCCCGGCCCGGGCCCACCGUAAGAGACAUCAAUCCGAUUUUGUGGGCCGGGUUCUAAAAGAUUCGGACCAGUCUUGGCUACCCCGCUUCAAAAUUAUCAAACUUCUGCAAAACAGUUCCAAAAGCCUUUCAAGAGAUUUCUUAAGAGGAAAACAAGAUCUGGAUAUUAGCAACAUAAAAAUAAGGGAUGUAGUGAGUGUGAGCCACUAUGGAGAUGCAAACUUCACAACUAUAAAAGAAGCUAUCGCAUUUGCUCCAACCAAUUCAAGGGUGCAAGAUGGAUAUUUCAUUAUCUAUAUCAAGAGAGGAUAUUACGAGGAGUAUGUAACUAUCUCUAAACACAAGAAGGGUAUAAUGUUGUUAGGUGAUGGAAUUAAUCAAACAGUCAUUUCCGGAAGCAGAAACGUCAUAGAUGGUUGGACAACCUUCAAUUCUGCUACCUUUGGUAAGCUUAAAUCAAUCAGUCAUUUAUGGGAAUAG